AUCCUCUCUGCUGGCUCCAGUCAUCAUAACAAUAUAGUACAGAACACCUGGGACUCUCUGGUACCUCAGAGCUGCGGCUGUCCGUACUGACCGCCAGCCUGUCUGCUGCAGGUGCUGCUGUCAUUUGCUGAAAGCGGACGAUUGCUUCGGUUGCGUUUGCUGGAGGCUUCCAAGAAGAAUUGAAGGUAGUCCAAUAUGGGUGGAGAACGGAAGCCUCCCCAAGCUAUUCAGGCCCAAAAACUGGCAGGAAUUCUGCGGGAGGACAGUGAAGGUGUCUUGGUGAUUGACUGCCGAUCUUUUAGCGAAUAUAACAACCUCCAUGUUGUAGGCUCUGUAAAUUUGUGUGGCUCCAAGCUGGCACGAAAACGCCUUCUCAAGGAGUUACUUGUGUUGCCACAUCACCCCAAGAUAGAUUCUUCAUUUGAGAAGCAAGUGGUUGUCUAUGACCAGGGGAACCAGGAAGUAUCAAAUUGUAACUUUGUUUCAUUAGUGGUGGGGAAGUUGGAGAAGCAGUACCGCUGUGUAUCACUGCUAGAAGGUGGCUUUGCUGAGUUUUCUUCUCAGUACCCAACCUUGUGUGAAGGCAGAACAUCAAGUAUCCUGCAUGCCAGCAUAUCUCAGCCCUGCCUCUCCACGUCUACGGUUUCUGUGACUCGGAUCUUGCCACACCUUUACCUUGGCUCUCAGAAUGAUGUAAUGAAUCAGGAGGUGAUUAAUCAGAAUGGAAUCACUCAUGUUCUGAACGUCAGUUACAGCUGUCCAAAGCCGGUCUUCAUUCCCGAUAACCACUUCCUACGCAUCCCCAUCAAUGACAGCUACUGCGAAAAAAUCCUGCCCUGGCUCAGUGCAGCUGUUGACUUCAUAGAAAAAGUGGAACUUUUAAAUGGAAAGGUUUUAGUUCACUGCUUGGCUGGCAUCUCACGAUCGGCAGCAGUUGCAAUAGCAUAUAUCAUGAGGUCAAUGGGACUUUCACUAGAUGAUGCAUACAGGUUUGUUAAAGAAAAGAGACCCUCCAUUUCUCCCAACUUUAACUUCCUGGGACAGCUCCUUGAAUAUGAGAUGGGGCUUGCAAAUUCUUCACCCUCAAACGCUAAUAAACCAUCUCGUGCUGACAGCCUUACAAAUGGAAAGUGCACUAACCAUCAGUAUAUUGAAGAAGAACCAAAUAAGGGCCAAACUUGCCAAAUGAACUGUAAGGUCACCCCUAAUUCCCAGGAAAUAGAGGUUGCGAUUGAUGCUACAAACAUAACUGAAACCUGUUCUAGGGUUGAGUCAACGCAUACGUCAUUGGAAGGCAGGUUUACAACAAUGGGUAUUUCUUCAGACCAGCGCCGUGACAUAAGUAGCUUAAAACGCUCAUUUUCUCUGGACAUUAAAUCUGUGUACACUCCUUUAUCAUCUUCUGUUGAAAUGCACAAAAACUUUUAUCAUCCAUCCGUGCCCCAGCUGGUAGAAUCACAACCUGUUUCUUCCAAGCCCAUGGGAUUGUGGGAUCGCUUUCUUGGCUUUGGACUAAAUUUUCUGUAUUAUUACUCAGAGGAGGAAGAGGCCAAGGAAAAAUUAGGACAACAAGAAAGACCAGUUGGGAUCUGUGAGCAAAUGGAUGUUCAAGAAAGCUUAAAAAAGAGGCGGGCAAGUACAAAAAACCAUGAUAAUGGACCUCAGCGUCCAUUUUCUUUGAACAUUCCCACCUGUAAAGGCCAAACAAUAUUGAAGGAGAAAAAUAUCGAAGUUGGACCAAGAGUAAGAACAAUCUCUCCCAUACCUCUGUGAGGAAAAGUAUGAGAUUGUCUUCUAUUAUUUAUAACUUCUCAAAGGCUGCUGUGCAUAUGGGACAGAAUAAUGGGGAUCCAUACAAACAAAGAAUUUGUAGAACUUUCUGGCCUAUGGCUAUAUUUUCUUUGCAUGUUCAAGAUCCCUGAAAGACCUGACAAGCAUGCAGAGAAACUGUUUUUAAAUCUUACUUCAUAUUGAAUGAACAGCAAUGGACUACAGUUCUUUUCUGGUAAUGAACAACAUUUUUUGUUUAAGGUGAUGCAGGAAUCACCAGUCAGAUGGCAUCAUAGGUCCAUUGUCCAUUUUACGAGGCUUUGGAAAGCCUGCUUUUUUGAAGCUCUAGUGUGCAAUUUCUUUAUACAGGACUAAAAAGGCAUUUGCACUGUUGCUAUGCUCCAGUGUUAAAGGAGCCUUUUGUAGGUCGGCCAUUGAUUAGCACUGUCUGUUUAAUAAGCUUCUCUACCAUUUACUCUGAAUGAAACUCCCAAGACUAAGGGACAAAGAAUGCGUUAUGUACCUCCUAAUUUAUCCUUUUGGUACUAAUGUGCUGUGUUGUGAACAUCCUGCUUGAAACUUUUAUCUUUUUUCAAAUAUAUGGAAUCCCUUUAAGAUUCUUGUUACAAAAUGGUCCACACAAUUUCAACCUUGUGUAAUGUACAAAGGGUAGUUCUAGUAAACGUUUCGUAUCUAGGUCCUACAUGGAUGUAUGUCCUAGAAGCCAAAUUUGUCUGUGACAAUUUACUACCCUUGUUCUUGUUAAAUUUUAUGUUGCUGUGAAUAUAUUUAAUGGUCCCUUACAUGCCUGGGGUAACCCCCCUCGCAUACAACACACUUAUCCUGCUCUCAGGAUAACAGGAAGUUAAAUGUGUCCUUUAUUAUAAGCAGGUGUUAAAAUUACUUUUUAUUGUUUUUCAUUAUUUAUUCAUAAAUGUGUUUAAUUUCCUUUUGCUUCUGUUAUUACCCAUUGAAGCUGCUAGUUGUUGUAUUGGUAUUUUAGGCUGGCUGCACCUAAUCCUUUGAGUAAAAAUGUAAGCAUGAGGCAAGUGUGAGAAUAUGAAAAUAACAAAAAUCCAUUUUAUGAAGGAGUACGUACUUAGUUAUUUAUUCAUGUAAACAUUAAGAAACACUCAGGUCCCUCUUUCGGGAAAUUGUUACAGGCUACCGCACUAUUAUCUAGUUAUUUAUGUCAGUGCAAGUAUAAAAACAGGAUAUCUUGGGGUCUGCAAUAGCCAAUAAUGUAGCAAGUCGCUAUACAUAAAUGGAUAAAGCAGUUUGGAGUAACCUUGAAGUUACCUUUUGAAAACACGUAUAAAUUUAAGGGCAACGUACUAAAAUAUGCUGUUGAUGCAAAUUGCCUAAAUUCCACUUGUGUAAGCUAUAUAUCAAACAUCCGUGCGCCAAAAUUGUGCAGUGUGUGAGCGUUGUCUUUACAGAGCUAAUGUGGCAUCAUUUUGGCGUACAUAUAUUCUGCAUACUGAGGCAUAUAUGGGCAAAGUGCAACUCUAUAACCAAACUGUGUUCUCCUUAUACUUUAGUAAAUAUAUGCAACCAAAAUGUGGAGUAAACACAAAAUACCUUAGCACUGAGCUGUUUCAGUAUAUUGAAAAUACUUUGCCCUAACUGUCUACAGAGUCAGGUGUUUUUUUUGUGUUUUUUUUUUUUACUUUUGUUAUUUUUGUCUCUUUAGCUUUGCCAUUCAUUGCAUUUAAAAUAAUACCAGUGACUGACGUGAUGAUUGCGAGAUUAUUAUUAUUAUUAUUUAAUAAACUGAUUUGCUUUAAAACUAA